AUGGAGGUUGACUCGAAUUUUGGCCUGGAUGAGGACUCGCAGAGUUCACCAUCUAAUGACUCGUGGUCAGCAAAUGAGGAGAACAUAUAUGAAUAUGAUUUUGGGGCCAUUGAAAAUUAUUUUAACGGUGAUGACGGUCAAUCUAUGAAUGAAGACGACAAUGACUACGAGGACGGUCAAUCUAUGAAUGAAGACGACAAUGACUACGCUGAUGGACAAAACAACAAUUCAGCUUAUCAAUUUGAGGGUGAGGGCCUUGGUGACCACGGCGAUUAUGAUCUUCAUGAGGAUGAGCUUGACUCCGGUGAAAGGUCGACAAGCGAACUCGAUGGCGAAGAAAACAGCUCUAUUUGUGAUGAGGACGAAGGUUCGCCUGACACAGCUAACCCAGCUGACAAUACAUAUGAUGUAGGGGGGGGAAGGCUUUCGCAAGACAGUGAUGUGAAGCGGACAUCUGAGGCUAGGAGUAAUUAUAGGUGUGGAUGCAAAGCUAAAUUACGGGUCCAUAUUCAGGGUUACUCAAAACGGUGGUACAUCAGCUUGUUUGAACACGCUCAUAACCACGACGUGCUCCAAAGAAGCCAUGCAGCAAUGUUGGCUGCACACCGGCAAAUGCACGAAGCGGAUAUCUUGAGUUUGAAAACUCAUUUGAGUUCGGGUCUAACAACAGCCGACGUCUACAAUUCACAUGCUGCACAUGUUGGGGGUUAUAACAACACGCAAUACAGCUUGAAAGAUCUGCAGAACCAAGUUGGGAAGCAACGACGAGCACAUGUUUCAGAUGGACGCAGGGCAUUAGAUUAUCUAGCCUCGUUAGGUAUCAAAGACCCAUCUAUGUUUGUGCGGCACACGGAGGACGCUGAUAAAAAUCUGGAACAUUUGUUUUGGUGUGACGGGAUAGGUCGGAUGAACUACAGCGUGUUUGGGGAUGUUUUAGCAUUCGAUGCCACAUAUAAAAAAAACAAAUAUCGGCGUCCCCUCGUCAUAUUUUCAUGUGUCAAUCACCAUAAUCAAACAACCGUUGUUGGUGGUGCUGUAAUUGGCAACGAGAAUGAAGAAACAUAUGUGUGGUUGCUAGAGCAGUUGUUGGAGGCAAUGGACAAGAAGAGUCCAACAGCAGUUAUCACAGAUGGAGAUAAGGCAAUGAAGAAUGCCAUUCGGAGGGUCUUUCCCAAUGCCAGUCACCGACUCUGUGCGUGGCACUUGAUGUGUAAUGCAACCGAUAAUAUCAAAAUUCCUGACUUCCUCCCUAAGUUCAAGACUUGUAUGUUCGGUGAUUUUCAAAUAGGUGAUUUUAAAAGAAAGUGGGAAUCAUUGGUUGAAGAAUUUAAUUUACAUGAACAUCCGUGGAUUAUUGACAUGUAUGCCAGAAGACAUACGUGGGCUGCGGCCUACUUUCGUGGUAAGUUUUUUGCCGGGUUUAGGACUACAUCUCGGUGUGAAGGGUUCAACGCCCAACUUGGGAAGUUUGUCAAGAGAAGAUACAACUUGAAAGAGUUUCUACAGCACUUUCAUCGUUGUCUCGAAUACAUGCGACAUAGAGAAGUUGAAGCUGAUUUUCGUUCAGGCUUUGGAGACCCGGGUUUGAAAGCUCCACCCCUUUUUCAAAGUAUUGAGCUUUCAGCCUCACGUAUUUUGACCCGCCAAUUAUUCUUCCGAUUCCGUCCCACCAUUGUAUCUGCCGCUGACAUGAUAAUUUCUAAUUGCGAAGAUACCCUUGGCAUGUCCAUGUACACGGUCAAGCGGUCCCAGGAAUCUAGUAGGGAGUGGCUUGUUUCAUACUAUACGGCUACAUAUGAAUUCCGAUGCUCAUGCAUGAGAAUGGAAAGCAUUGGUUUAGCUUGUGCCCACAUCAUUGCUGUGUUGGUUGAUCUCAAUAUACAUAACAUUCCCAAGUCACUUGUGCUUGAAAGGUGGAGUCAAGGUGCAAAGGAUCAUUUAUGUGAAACGCCGGGGUCAUCCCCGUCACUUUUCCGAGAUUCCGCGGUUCUUGCCAGGUAUGUUUGUAUGCUCGAAGCCUGUAGGAAAAUGUGUACACUUGCUUGUCCGCUUAUUGAUGACUUUCGCCAGACAUGGGAGAUUGUUGGAGGUCACACUCAACACUUGGAGAAUAAAAACAAUCCCUCAGUUCCAGAAGGUGUCACUGGAACUCCAUCUGCUAACGCAGGUCUAACGACUCACCGGCGCAGGGGUCGUCCCCGUGGACCGUCAACUUCUCGAUUGAGGGCCAAGCGACCCUUGAAGUGUAGCGCAUGCAAAGUGAUUGGCCACAAUCGCUUAACUUGCCCAUUGGUUAAAGGAACGUCGACCGAUGGAUCCUCCACGGGAGGGGAUCAUGAAUUUGAUGACUUUGAAGCCUACUAG